UUAACGGGAGUUUCUUGUUGCGAGUGCGGGGGUGUCGAGCUAACCGCUGCUAACAAACGGCUAUCGUUAACGACACUGGCCUUCUUCGGCUUGACUUCCCAGCCAGGCAACACGGCAUUGUAGAGAGGGAUUGCUCUUUCUGCCCGUCUCACUCUGUUCGAGGAUAUUGAGUUGCUAAACUUCCACUGAGUGAGUCAGAGGGAUUUUGCGCUUCCUUGACCGGGCAUCCUCAAGGCUCAUCAGCCAAGCAAGUCUCCUGUCAGCACAAGGAUAUCGACAAAAGCGAGGUUGUGGACUCACAUGGUGCACGAUGGAUCGGCUAUAAACAAGACAUCAACCCCAGAGCACAGGUGCAGGUUGAUUUCGUAAUGACAAGCUGCUGUGCAGAAGAUGUCCACGCUGUCUGCGACUGAUAUCCCAGAUGUUGGUCAUGGCGAUAGUAAGGUUUUUGACGGGGCUUCGGAGCUGCAGCUGGACUGCAUGGUCGAGGAACGCAGCGGAAGCACCGAAGUGAAGCACGAUGGCCUGCUGUCGCUGAACGCUUUUACUGUUCCUCCGCAGAACGGCCCCGCGCUCAUCGAGAUGAGCAGCCCUCUGCCUGUAGAGCCCAGUGACAUCAAGCUGGAUCCUGCUGCCAGCGACAUGCCUGCCAACACAGUGGACGGCCAGCCGGUGAAGAGGAAGAAGGGUCCUGCCCCGAAGAUGCUGGGUAACGAGGUGUGCAGCGUGUGCGGCGACAAGGCCUCUGGCUUCCACUACAACGUUCUGAGCUGCGAGGGCUGCAAGGGCUUCUUUCGACGCAGCGUCAUCAAAAGUGCCCAGUACUCCUGCAAGAACAACGGCCGCUGUGAAAUGGACAUGUACAUGCGCCGCAAGUGCCAGCAGUGCCGCCUGCGCAAAUGCCGAGAGGCGGGCAUGCUGGAGCAGUGUGUGCUCUCUGAGGAGCAGAUCAGACUGAAGAAGCUGAAGAAGCAGCAGGAGGAGGAAACAGCCCGCACGUCCACGGUGGUCACACCCACCCCGCCACAGGAAGUGGCGACACUGGCCCCCGAGCAGCAGGAGAUGAUUGAGAAGCUGGUGGCCAUGCAGAAGCAAUGCAACAAGAGGUCCUUCAUUGACCGACCGAAAGUGACACCGUGGCCGCAGAGUCAGGACUUGCAGAACCGCGAGGUUCGCCAGCAGCGCUUUGCCCACUUCACUGAGCUCGCGAUCAUGUCAGUCCAGGAGAUUGUAGAUUUUGCGAAGCAACUUCCUGGUUUCCUGGAGCUCACCAGGGAGGACCAGAUCGCUCUGCUGAAGACUUCCACCAUUGAGAUUAUGCUACUCGAGACGUCUCGGCGAUACAACCCUGCCAUUGAGAGCAUUACAUUUCUGAAGGAUUUCAGCUAUAACAAGGAGGAUUUUGCCAAAGCAGGGCUUCAGUUUGAGUUCAUCGACCCGAUCUUCGAGUUCUCCAAGGGAAUGAACGACCUGCACCUGGACGAGGCUGAAUACGCCCUGCUCAUUGCCAUUAACAUCUUCUCUGCAGAUCGGCCGAACGUGCAGGAUCAUGAUCUGGUGGAGCGGCUGCAGCAGCCCUACGUGGACGCACUUCGCUCUUACAUCAUGAUAAAGAGACCAAAUGACCACCUGAUGUUUCCUCGUAUGCUGAUGAAGCUGGUGAGCCUCCGUACACUAAGCAGCGUCCACUCGGAGCAGGUGUUCGCCCUGCGUCUCCAGGACAAGAAACUUCCCCCUCUUCUCUCUGAAAUCUGGGACGUCCACGAGUGACUGUGGCCGUGACGUCACACUUGGCGGCUUCACGAAGCCCGAGACAGACAUGGCUUCCUCUGAGCAGAACAGAAAGACUUAACGUUGAAAGUCACCUAGGAACCUCGCUUCCUCUCUGGUCAGGGAUUGGUUCAAAGAUCGGAUCUUUUUUUUUUUUUUUUUUUUUUUUUUUUUUUUUUCAUAAUUUCUUUUUUUUUUUGGAGAAUUUUUGGAGCGCACCGAUGCCCUGUUUGCUCUGCCGCAGAAUGCUGAAUGGAUUUGUGUUGAUGAGGGGUUUGAAGCAUGAGCACCAAGUUUUCUUUCAGCCUUCGCUCUUCCUGUCGUGUCGAUGCUGAGAUGGGCUGAUUCUGGCUACAUGAAUACCAGCAUCAGGCUUUUCUAGCCAGUGUUACCCAUGAAUUAAUAUCUGUUGAAUGUUGUUAAAUCUAUCUCUAGUGCAGUUCUUUACUCUUUUCUCUAACAACUUUAAUCAGAGAGCUUUGAGAAGGUCUUGGCUGUGUUACAGUCUGUGGAGGAUAACGGUUGCACAUCUUGUAUAAGUGGUCAUUUGACGCAGUUGUGCAAUAGAUAAAAGAACAUGCAGAGUUGAGCAUGAGCCGACUGCAAUCUGACGUUCAGGAAUAUUGGUGAUCUAAAACGGCAGGUCAUCUGGUUGGUUUUGUGCAUCGUGAUAUGGCAACUAGUAGCUUGUGUUUUGUAGGACAGCAGAAGGGACAAAAAUCAAACAGAUGGUGUAGUUGCUCAGGUAUAAUGUUAUAUAGAACUCUGGUAAUUAGAGGUAAUCUAUAUUCUCGAGUAAAUUACUUGAGUUUAUUCUUCCAAGUUCACAAGGGACCCUUUUGGUCAUUUAUACAUGCUCACAAAUAUUCAUGUAAAUGGCAUAUUUAUUUUCACAAGAAAAAUUGUAUAGACUGCUCAUGUGACAAAUAUCCACAAGAUUGUACAAUCAUAUACUAACGCACAAGAAACGAGUCUGCAAGAAUUGAUGGUAAUGUGACUGGCAGACCGAAGCCUCGUUCUAUAAAAUGGUUUAGUCGGAGCUGUUUUGUUUUCUGAGUUAUUUUUACAUUUUCAAGAAAUGAUGUUGCGACUGAAGCUUUCUUUACACAGAGCACGUGUACCUGGAAAUGGGUGGUACUGGUGUGUCUUCUUAUUCCGUAUGAAGAAGUUGACAGAAAAAGGAAGUUCAAUUAUUGCUGCAGUGACCCUCCUUUCAACUUAGUAAAAAAAAAAAAAGUACAAAAACAUCCAGACCCUAGACCUGGAUGAAAUUGGAAGAAACAAAAAAAAGCUUCUGCAAAUUCAGUGGUAAUCAUUAUGGCUAUGUGAAAUGAUGAUUUUGCUUGUCUAAUUAGAAAUCAUCAGUUAUUUUUACAUUGGGCAUUCUUAUACGUGAUUUUAUCCAUUUGAAGCAUGUUCAGAGUAAUCUUCCAGAAUGGCUACUAUACACCAACAGCUAGAACCUAAAAUUUUGUGAAUUUUAGCUAGCCAAAUAACAAAUUGUACAUAUUUGCAGGGAGCAGAGAACAACAGGAAUGAGUAACAUCAUAAAAAUGGCAGUGCAUCGUCUUAAGUUGAAUGGUAUCACACCUGCGGAGACCCAUGAGACAGAUUUUUAUGAUGAGAUUUACAGUCUCCCAUGGAUUCUCUGCAGGCUAAAAUGUGAAAUGCUGAAUAUUUGGUGAGAAGGAAAACGUCAGAGGAAAUCGGUCGUUGUGCAAUGUAUUCCCUCUCUAUACUGACAUUGUUAGCGGUGUGAAGAUUAUUUAUGUGAUCGCUGAACAAGCCUUUUGCGCCCUCCUUCGGUCAGGUUUGUCAUCAGCUCUCUGUGAAGGCAUUCCCUUAGCGGUUUGGUCAUUUGUGGUUAUUUUAGUACGAUGAUUUCCUCCAUCCUAACUCCAACUAUCCCAGUCACCGCUUUUCACCGCUGGAAUUCACAGCGCUACAGCUAAAAGGUGUUUAUUGAACUAAUAACGCAUUCAACAUAUUACAGCUAAUAUGGGAGCAUCAGUCUGUCAACUCGUCACAUAACAAGAUGAAUACAAAUAUUAUCUGCCGAACACAGGUGUGUAAUUUCCAAGGGAAUAUUGCAGUAGUUUCCAGAGUAUGCACACACUAACGCAAUUCUGAUGCUGGUAAAAGCCCAAAUUAGUGGGCGACUCCUGGGUUUUCUCCUUUGUCUUUAAAUGAUUAAAUGAUCUAACUGUUCAAAAUCAAGCAGUAGAUUAUGAUCGCCUGGUUUUGUUGGUGCACCACCAUCUUGGCUGAGAUCAGGUGAGCUGGGAUUGGCUCAGAUGUCGAUGCUUUGCUUCUUAUUGGUGGAGCCGAAUGCGAGCUCAACUCAGCGUUACCUCUAGUCGGGUAGGAGAAGCCGGUUCCCGCAUGGCAUUUUUUUUAGCCUGUUUUUUUAGGACCCUAAUGGUGUCUACUUGAGAAUUCAUGUUCCCAAGGUCGGCUAAUGGCCCAUGGGGUUCAUUCAGCCGCCAUCUUGACUUAAUGUCAACGUGAGUGGUGAAAAACACUGAUUUCAUAAUCAAUGACUUUUGCAUUGAAUUAGCUGGAAUUAUCUAAUUGCCAUCCAUUUAAUAACCUUGCGUUUGACAUUUAAGGGAAUAAACUAAUUUCAUUUGACUAUGGCAAAGCAAAAUGGCAAAAGUUAUACAGUUAUGAGCCUGUAGAAAACUGACUUUGUGGUAGCUGGGUUAUUCAGAGAGCUUCUGUAUUGACACACCGGUUAAAACCUGAGGACCAGGAGAAACAUUCAACAAUUUAUCAUCACUCCGAAGGAUUUGCACUUGAAUACUUGACAGAUGAUUGAAUGGCUUUGAGACACAUAAAAAUAAUAAUCAGUAAACAAGGCUCUUAAUAAAUCUUAGCCAGAUCAAAAAACACAUUCACCACUAAACAAAGAUACAGUUAUGACUAUAACACAUACCAGUAAUUUACUUAAAUAAUGCAUACUGCAUAAUAGUGCACAGUCAGCCUCGGGAGAUAUAACAUGCAGAUCAGUGUGGCAGCGGACAGGGAGGGAGGGAGGAGUUCAGGUGCCAUUGCAGACACCAUUAUGGUCUGAAAAGAAACAGAUAAACAGAAAAAAUUGCCAUGCCGGUGUAUGGGAACCUAUUUCUCCUCCUCGGCGAUUCUGACACUGAACCACAUCUGAUUGGCCGAGCUGACUGCGGCCUCCUGGGACUCCAGUUCCCAAAAUGCUGCUGAUGUGGCAGAACUGGCUUUAAGCAAAUGGCAUCAAGAAAACAGAUGUAGCAACUAACAACAGACACAGUAUCUGCGAGUGUGUGUGUUUGUGUGUGUGUGUGUGUAUUGCCCAGUUGCAGACCUCUGUAUUUCGUGGCAUUGCAAACACAUGGCACAAAACACAAGAUGACCCCCAUCAGCCCCCCCGGGUUAAAUAAUUAACCUCAUGGCUUCCAUUUUUGUCCUCACUUUAGUUAAAUUGUGUUGACAUUUUCAUCGGAAGCAACCAGAUGUGGCUUAUCCACAAACUGGCACGGCUAAACGUAACUUCAGCGGCUCAUUUUUUUUUUGUUUGGCUUUGUUUUGGGAGAGGACAGCCCUCCGCCACCUUCAUCGUCUUCAUCACCACCAGCACAGCUCGGCAGCCAACGCUCGCACCGGACAAAAGGCCUCCUCUGCUCCUGAAAACAUGUCCGUUCUGGUUUGUGACGACCUCAGAGGGUUGAAAUGGUGCCCCUGUCUUUAGCUGUAAUAUGUUGAGACGACAGAUAUCCAGAUGAAAUCAGAAACCAUCAAAUAAACUGGUGAAUCUGUAAAUGUCAUGGCUCUGUAAAAUGUACAAUGUAAAAAAGUAAAUUCCUGUACUACUUUCUUUGCCAUAAACAGUUUUACUAAGUUGGACAACUUUCAGUGUUGAAUGUUGUACUAUUUUCUGUAUCAUUUCCUGGCACAGACUCUAAAAUGCCUUUCGCCUUUCCAAAUUGUUUUCGUCCUAUUUCUCAUUUGAAUGGGAACAUGAUUUUCUUACUUUUUUCUUUUUCUUUUUUUUUUUUUUUUGAUAGGAAUUUUUUUAAGUCCUAACCUUGUCAUUAUUUACUUAAUAAUUCUGUAUUUAACAGAUGCACUUUUUUUUAAAAAAAGAGAGAGUGAGCAGCAGCACACGACCAAGCCGGAGGGUCGUUGUGUGUCGGGAUGUCUGGACAGAGGCUAACGUCUUUGUAGAAACGGCUACUAUUUUAAAUGAAGACUCCAACGUUUUGGGUGGAAUAGCCCUUUUCUGACUUACCCCCGACUGAGACAAGAUGCUCGAUCCCAUUUCCACCUCUGUGCGUGCAGUGGUUUGGUUACUACGGGUUUAUUCUUUCACUUUGUUGGAGCUAGGCUAACGACUCCCAUAGACUUAAGGUCUUUAUGCUAAGCUAAUACGAAAUGCUACCCAUAGGAAACAAACCACUGGACGUACAGAGGUGCAAAUGGUGUCUAACAUCUCGUCUCAGGCUGGGUAAGUCGGAAAAAGAGUGUUUUGCCCAAAAUGUUGGAGUAUUCCUUUAAGGGAUUUGGUUAUUAAUUUUCUACAUGACGUCUGUGGGGUGUCCAGAAAAAUUGCGCUCUGUUGUACCUUCAGUUGAGAAGAAGCAUCUGUGAUUCUGGGGUGAGUUUGACCUCGUCACCUCUCAAGUCAGUCUACAGAGGGGAAUUUCAUGGAACUGAUGUGACAUUGUUAUGGUAGGCUGUUCUCUGACCAAAUGCAAAGCAAGUACAGAGCAAACAGUACGAAUCAAUAGCUCUUGUGUGUUUUCUUUUUUUUGUUGUUUUGUUUGUUUUCUUUCUCUCAAGUGAUUUGUAACAUGCUCAUGCUGUAGUAUAUAUAUACUGUAUUUAAACUGGCAUCUCUGGUGUGCAGAUCUCGUUUGAUUCCCCCUUCUGUCUUCAAAGAGUGACACUUGUAAAAAACAAAAAAAAACAAAAAAAAAAAACACUGUUAUAUAGAAAUGCAAACUUAUUUUAAUACUGUUAACACCUCAAGACCCGCUUUGUAUGUAUAAAUUAAAACUUUGCUGCAGUUCGAUCGUA